AUGCCUCUUCCCAUCACCCCAGCACAAGAAGCAACCAUCAGCCCUCAGGCUGUCGAGUUUCUCUCCGCGGCGGAGGGUAUCCCGAUAGAAGCCAUUCAGGCAGUAACCGUGACUCGGCAGGCGUUUCAUGCUGCGGAAGAGCCGGUGGAAGAAAGUCUCAUUGAGAAGUUCAAUCUCAAAACAGAGAAUAUCACCAUGGGUGGCAUUCCCGUCCUUAUUAUCAGCCCUUCCUCGCCAGAUCCCAAAUAUCAGGGACGAGUUAUCUUCGACAUUCACGGAGGAGGCUUUGUCAUGGUCUACUCUGUCGAUUAUGAUCUUUCUCCCGAAGUCAAAUAUCCCAUCGCCAUCGAACAAUGUCUCACUGUUUACCGUGAGAUGAUUGUCAAGUUUGGUGCCAAGAACAUUGUCGGCCUGAGCAGCUCUGCUGGCGGCCAAAUCAUGCUCUCACUUAUUGUGAGGGCGCAGCGCGAAGGUCUUGAACUGCCCGCUGCUUUGGCCUUUUACACUCCAAACACUGAUCUCUCGGGUGUUGGAGACUCGAAUGUUUUCAAUGAUGGCCGUGACCUAGUCGAUAACCAUGUACUUGUUGGCGCAAUGAGCGCUCUAUACGCUGGUGGAGUGGAUCUAAAGGACGAGCUAUUAUCACCAGUCUACGCCGAACUGAGCGGGCCUUUUCCGCCUACAGUCAUCAACACCGGUACUAGGGACAUACUUUUGAGCCAGUGUGUGAGAUUGUAUUGGAAGUUGCGGGAGGCCGGGGGUAAAACGGAACUGCUCGUAUCUGAGGGUAUGUGGCAUGGGUUCAACUGGGAAUUGGAACUGCCUGAGGGAAUCCGCGCACGAAAGGCCGUAUACAGUUUCAUCAAAAGCGUUUUGGAUGGAAUGUAA